CGCCUACGGCCGCGGCGGAGGCGCAGCUACCGAAUAUGACGAUGACCUUCACGUCGAGUGCCCGUCGCACACCACCGAGCGCCGACUAGUCUCCCGUAUUGACAUGCGCGUCAUUCCGUUUCUCUGCAUCCUUUAUCUCUUGGCUUUCCUGGACCGCGUCAACAUCGCCAAUGCAAAGUCCUUCGGCCUGACGGAAGAGCUUGGGCUGGCCAGCAAGAACAGCAUCAAGUACAACACUGCCUUGGUCAUCUUCUUCGUGCCCUACGUUUUAUUUGAAAUCCCGAGCAAUGUCUUGAUGAAAAAGCUGAAGCCAAACCUCUGGCUCUCUGGUUGCAUGUUCUUUUUUGGUCUAUGCUCUAUCUGCCAAGGCUUAGUGCAGAACUAUGGCGGCUUACUAGCAACUCGCUUCUUUCUCGGAUUGUUUGAAUCAGGGAUGUUCCCCGGAUGUUUCUACCUCAUAGGCAUGUGGUAUCGACGCAGUGAAGCUCAGCGCCGAUAUUCGUUUUUCUUUAGCAGCACCACGCUUGCCGGAGCCUUUGGUGGACUUCUCGCUUCUGCCAUCGGCAAGAUGGACGGCAUGCAAGGUUACAGAGGCUGGCGCUGGAUCUUCAUUUUGGAGGGCUGCCUUACUUGCGUGGUUUCGAUCAUUUUCUUUUUCUUCAUUCCUAACUUUCCUGAAGAGGCCAAGUGGUUGUCUCAAGAAGAAAAGGACUACGUCAAGGCUCGUCUGCAGGCAGACCAAGGCCGCUCCGCUGUUGAGCGUCAAAUCACUGCUCGCGAUAUUGGUAAAAUUUUCAAAGAUCCGAAGAUCUUCAUCGGAGGCUUCAUGUACUUUGGAUUGAUCAUCCCAGCAUACGGGUACGCCUACUUCUCGCCAUCUAUCAUCCAAACCUAUGGCUACUCCCCAGUCCAGACGCAGCUGCACUCAGUACCACCCUGGGCUGCAGCGUUCGGCUUCGCCAUGAUUGUCGCUUAUGCAUCCGAUAAGCUGAAACACCGCUUCCUUUUCACCCUGAUACCUAUAUUCGUGGCCAUUGCCGGUUUCGCGAUGCUGCUCGCUGUUCACGACAAUAAACAUGUUCAGUAUGCGGCACUGUUCCUAGUCGCUAUGGGCAGCUACUCAGCCAUGCCCGUAAUCGUCUGCUGGUUCAACAUGAACCUUGGAGGACACCAUCGGCGCAGCGUGGGCUCCGCCUAUCAAGUAGGAUUCGGAAACAUCGGCGGCAUCAUAGCAGUGUUUGCAUUCCUGCAAAAAGACGCGCCCAAAUACACCCCGGGCUACAGCAUCUGCAUUGCCUUCAUCUGCCUUAGCGCGCUGAGCUGCUGCUUAUAUUGGGUGGUGUGCUUCCGGGACAACAGAAGGAGGGACAAGACGCCCACGGACUUGAGUUUGACGGAGUACGAGAAGACGGAGAUGGGAGACCUGACCCCGGAGUACCGGUACCUGCUGUGAUACCCCGAAUCGCGUGAGAGUGGCCUAACCAGCCACGCUACGCUCCUGACGCCGUAACGUCCAUGCAUACCCGCCACGAUAGAACUUAGACGAACAUAACGACACCCAACUAUACCAUACCACAAGCAUCUAUGUGAUUAUGCUAACACUUCGCACUACUUGAUCCGCCCAUCCACGACCAUUUUCCUGAUGCUCUCAAUGCUUUUCUCGACGGCCAUCUGCGCCAUCUGAUUGUGCCGCACCAGCAGAGUGCGGUCCUCGUCGGAGCCGGCUGUGACCUGCGGGUGGUGCCACUCAAAGACGUACGUCAUGUAGAGGUCAGCCUCACCGCCGGCGCCGGUGCUGAUGAUAUUGCGCACGACGCUGCCGUCCGUCUGGUGGAAGUCGACCUGAGUGCGAAGAAAAGGUUAGAUCAGUAUGGAACGAUACUACUCCAA